GUUAGCCAAGUGACGUGCAGGUGUACGCUACUGCCCGGGCCACAAGGCUUGGUGCUUAUCAGCCCAACACCGACGAUUAUACAAACUCUACGAUGUCGAAUCCUGAUCUAAAGGGGUCGAAAUCACUUGUUGUCAACACGGAUGAUGUAUCCCCACCGGCACACUCGCGGCUAGAAAGCGGUAGUUCACUGUACAGCAGUACUUCUUUGAUCGAAGUCCUACCUGAAGGUAUCGAUGUCGAAGAGGAAGCUCGACUUUACGAAGAGCUUUGCGACUCCCCCAUAGAACCCGCCUCCGACUCGGAGCUCUCUGGGUCAAAUCCCCGAACUCGUCGGCGCCGUUCUCGGCCAGAGUCCAUCAUAUCACACGAACCUUCCAUUUGGCUCUCCGACAAUACUGGACCACAGUCGCCAACGCUGACCUUCGCGCGCGACGUGCAAAUCACAGGUUGGACGAUGGUCGGCGAUAAAGUCUCGGGCGGCGCGUACGUCGUUUUUGAUUGCGCGAUCCACCUCAAGGAUGGGACGGUCGUGCACGCGCACAAAAGGUACAGCGCUUUCGCGGAGUUGUACCAGGACCUGAGGGAGUCGCUGCCGCUGCGUAUGCGGAACACCGUGCCGAGGCUGCCACCGAAGAGCCCGUUGUCCAAGUUCCGUGCGGCGUUUCUCGACAAGAGGCGACGUGACCUGCAACACUGGCUUGCAUCGGUGAUUCUCCAUCCCGACCUAGGCGGUCGGGAGGUUGUGCGGCUGUGGGUUAUGGAGUCGUCGUAGCAGCGCUUGGGUAAGACCCCAGCGCUCAACAUUGAACGUACUAGGCUUUUCGCGAGUCCUGUCUACUGGUUUGUCUGUGGGUAGCACUUCAUGCUAUGUGAUUUUUAUUUCGC